UAGUAUGGCAUAUUCGGCGUACCGCAAGUGAGCAAAGAAUGUACACCAACGAGUAGUUGAUGCAAGUACAGUGUGCAAAGCGAAGAAGAUGGAGGCGAGAGACUGUUGGAAAUUUUGUCUCGGAUUAUGGCUGUUUCUCCAGCUCUGUGCUAGGAUAUCGGCGCACAUGAACAUGUACAUGACAGAGGCCGAGGUGGCAAGGGUUUUGGGUAUGGAGGCGGAGUUAUACUUCAUCCGAGAUGACCAUGUCCAGCUUGCAGCUACCAGAUACGACAUGGCCAUCAAAUCCAACAUCAACUCCAUAUACUUCAACUGGGUGACAGAACGACAGGUGUUUUAUUCCAUGUCGUUGAAGUCGGACAAUACGUGGAUGAUGUCCAACCCUGGGAUGAAUAUCUCUAUGGAUGGAGAGGUACCGAGAACAGAGAAAACCUUUGCUGUGACGUUGCACUGUACCGGCAAGCAGGGUGGGGAGGUGGGUUUCACAAUGCAAGUCAACCUCACGUUGUUCUCCGCCAAGAACAUCACCUCCCUCAACUUCAGGAGGCGGAAAAUGUGCGAAAGGGACAUCACUAUCCCAGUUGACCUCAAGACUCCCACACCGGAGGAGAGAGCAGUUGAUGUCGAUGUGAUAUUUUCGGAGGAGCAGCCUGAGAAGACGGUGACGUCUACCAGUGUGUUUUACAUCUCGGUGGGCGUGGUGUGUGGGGUCAUUCUACUGCUGGUCAUGCUGGUGGCACUGGUCCACGUACGAUCCAUGAAAAACUCCGAUCCAGCAAGUGAAACCUCAAGCAGUCGUUCAACGCCAAAAUCAACAGCGGCCAAGAAAUCGUCCCCGACCACCUACACCAAAGCACCCGCCAUGAACGGCCAUGUUAACAGUAACGGUGUCAAGCCACAUAAUGGUUAUAUUGGUCUUCAUCACCAAAUCUACACAACAAUCCCAGAGACGCCAGACUACACAGAGAAGCUACACACCAUGACCAUAGACAGGAGUAGAAUCACAAUAGAAGAGCUACUGUUAGAAGGAACCUUUGGCCGGGUGUACCACGGCAAGCUCCUGAUGUCAGUAGACGAUGAGGAGGAAACGGCCACAGAAAAAGAUGUCCUUCUCAAGACUGUCUCAGACCAGUCUUCAGAAACUCAGGAGAAGCUCCUCCUGAAGGAGAGUUGCCAUCUACACGGCCUGAGCCAUCGCAACAUCCUCUCCAUCAUGCACGUCUGCUUAGACGGCAAACCCAUGUCUGUAUUCGCAUACAUGAACCUGGGCAACUUGAAGACGUUCCUCAGGAACGGCCGGGUGGGGCCUGGCGACACACAUCAGUCCAUAUCAACCAAGGACCUGGUCCAGCUAGCAAUUCAAAUCAGCCACGGUAUGAUGUACCUGGGAAAGAGGAAAGUAGUCCACAAAGAUCUUGCCACGAGAAAUUGUGUGAUUGAUGAGGAUUAUAAUCUGAAGAUCACAGACAAUGCGUUGUCACGGGACCUGUUUCCUAGCGACUACCAUUGCCUAGGAGACAAUGAGAACAGACCGGUCAAAUGGAUGGCUAUCGAAAGCUUACUGGAUAGGAAAUUCACUGCAGCGAGUGACGUGUGGGCUUUUGGCAUCCUCAUCUGGGAGUUAGUGACGUUAGGUCAGACGCCCUAUGCUGAUCUGGAUGCCUUUGAGAUGGCUUCAUACUUAAAGAGUGGCUACAGAAUGCCACAGCCUCAGAACUGCCCAGACGAACUGUUCUCCCUGAUGGCCUGUUGUUGGGCGUUGCUCCCCACGGAUCGACCAAAGUUCACUCAGCUGUGUGCCGCGCUCACAGACUUCCACCGAGCUCUGGGCAUCUACAUCUAGACUGUAAAGCAAGAAAAGUCGCACGCUUAAUUAUGGCCAGUCAGUGGCUAUGUCCAAAUCGGGAAUUUGAGGCUACGACUUGAAAAGUUCACACUAUUGUACUACAGUAAAUGGCUGUAGCCGUGUCCAUUUCAGACAAAGCCUUAUAAUGUAUAGCAGCAGCCAUACUCAGAGAGCCUCUAAGCAGACUUUUUCUGCUAAGCACAUUUUUGUGUAAGCGGGAAAAAAUGGUUUACCAGCCACAGCUAAUACACUUAAUGUACAAUGUUAGCUGGUAACCAUUCCAACCUGCUAAGCAACUCUGCUUACCAACUCUUUGAGUUACGACUUCUGAAUUUCAAUCCAAUUCUGAAAUUGAUACCAAAAGUACUUACGCAAUAAAAAAGUACUUACCUAAUUUACCCACGGUUCAAGAUGAUACCAAAAAUGUAAUGAAAAAGUUGUUUUGUGCUUAAAGAAAUAUUAUUUAAGAUUUUGCAGGGUUUCAUUUGUAUUCACAAAUUCAAAAUACCAACUGUUUCGACAAAAUAAAAACCACCUUUUUUAAUAUUUUAAUUUAAAACAAAAACGAAAAGAAAACCCUGUGAAAAAAGGCGUGGUUGCAUUUCAGCCUGCAUGUUUAUAUCAAGAUCGUUAAUGUAAAUAAUAUUAUUUAGAAAUCGUUAAUAUUUGUUGUACAUUUAGUGAUUCUUUUUAACAUUGUAGUUAAUAUCAACAGAUUAAAGUAUAAAAUCUGAUUUAUUAGGGAAAAAACUCAUCAAACCAUGGUUGUGUAUAUUUUGUUUUUUUAUAAAUUUUUGUUUGAUGCCGAAUAGUCAACUCUAUAACUCAGGGUAUUAAGUUAUACAUUGUAUUUAAUAAGUCUAGGGACUAUCUCCUGCUAUUUUGUAUUUAUCACUAGGGGUGGGCGUCGGAGCCGGGUACCCGAGUACCCGACCACUGAUGUCAGAAACUGGUUCCAGAUUAUGGGAUCGGGUACCCGUAACCAACUUUACAAAUUACUUGGUUACUUCUCAACAAUGAAAAAAGAACGGUUUGGAAUGCCAUCUGUCGUGAAUUUUAAAAACGAAAACCAGACAACUUAAGGGAUGUGAAUUUUAGGGUUGGGUUUCUGUUACGGAUACCCGUGUGUUACUUUAGUAGGGUACCUGGUUCCCCGUAGUACCCGUAAUUGGACAUCACUAAGUAUCACAAUUAUUUAAAUUUCCUUUAAAAGCCUGUAGCAGCAACUCACAGUGCAGUGUGCAACUUUGUCAUUUUCUCGGAGAGGCCUUUUUUUCCUUCAACUUCUUGUCUAACUUUUUUUUAAGAAGUCAGUGGAUCGAUACAUUUUCCUGAAGUUAGUCAUUGUUCAUGUGCAGUGCCACGAAAAAAAGUGAAUCGAAAAAGCAUUGUUUAUAAAAAAAACACUGAUAUUCAUUGAAAAUAUUCCAGCUUGCAUCAUAUUUUAUUUGUCCCAAAACUUUUAUUGUCUUAUGCAAAAUGAAUGCAAAUUUUACCCAUGAUGCUCCUCAAGCGAUGGCCUCUCCGGUAUCUCUCAGUGCUCACUAAAUCUUAUCUUGCUUCUUUUUUGUUUUUGUUUUUUGAAACCAUGGCCGUUGCAGUGAAGUGCUUGUGUCAAACUUUCUUGUUUGAAAGCGUGUGUUUAAAGAAAUAGAAAGCUUGAAAAUUGUUCUCUUUGCCUAUGUAGGGAGUAAAAAUAUCGGUUCUGAAUGGGGCUAGCUUGAAACCGAAAGCUGUAAAGUUUCCUUGAUUUGUGACCGUCUUAAAAAUGACCACUUAUUUCUUGGGCAAAGAGCUGAAAUGCACUUAUUUAAUUGUAAUUUGAAGGAGUGAAAUACAUGAUGAGGCUGUUUGAAAAAUUAUAUUAUUCUAUAUAAAAUAUUGUGAUAUUCAUGUAUUGUAUUACUAGUGCUAGGGUAUAAUACUAUUUUUUACAUGUACAAACAAAAGAAAAGAAUGGACCCGCAGAAGUUACUUGCGAACAUUGGUGGAUAUAGGAAAAAGCCAAAAUGUUUUUUAAUUAAAAUAUUUUCAAAAAUAUCAUAUGAAAGCACGAAGACUUGUUGCAUGUGUCAGUUUUGAAAAAUGAAAAAUGGUACUUUCAAACUUGUAACUCAGUCUUACCAUACCAAGCUUUGUAAUCAUACGUUUUUCUUAUUUAUUUUUAGAACAAAUUUUGGAAAAAUCAUUACUAAGGAUGCAAAUUGCUGCCCCAUUUUUAGAUCAGUUGUCAACAACUUCGCCUGUUGCAACUGAUGUCUUGUGUACAAUUACUUGUAAUUCUAUGCAAUAUCCAAAGGCGGAUCCAGUACUGGUGGUGGUGGUGGGGGGGGGGGGGGGGGAGGCAAGCGGGCUUGACUAUCUUUCAAAAAGGGGAAUGGAAUUAAGUAUAAAGUAUCGUGCGAUAUUUUAAAAUUGUAAUAUUAAAACUAAAAGGUAUGUGUAGCUGAGGGCUUGCGAGGGAGAUACGCAAGGCUUUAAUAUAUUUCCUGAAAAUUUAAGACAAAAAGGUUUCUUCACUCCUCCAAUUAAAUUUUAAAAAUGGUUGGGGGGGGGGGGGUGGCCCCACUGCCCCCUCCCUGGAUCUGCCAAUGUCUACACAAUUCUCAAACGAGUUGAAAUAUGCAUGGAGUUAAAAGUUGGGGUAGAAUUAUAUUCAAGGAAUUUACUCAAGAACUGACCAAAAAAAUUAAAACAAAAAGUGGGUUGCAUUUUUAGGAUAUUGUUCAUAGACCAGAACCCUCUUUUUAACAUUGUACAAUGUCUUUUCAUUUCUGUAUAAAAAUAGUCCCUGUCAGCAUUAACUGUACAUAAUUCAUUGUCAUGUAAAUACCAUUUAUUAAGUACAUUAUGUAAUGAUAUGGCAUGUUGUAUCAUAUAAACUAACUUACAGUACUUCGAUCUGAAAAAAUGUAAAUUCUUUUGACUUGUUUUUUCAAAUGAUUGUUGUCAUGUUAACAUCCGUCAAUAUUCAAAUUUUCAAGGUCGAUAUUUAUGGAUUUUCGCUAGGUCAGUCUGAAAGAGUUUGAUAAAAACAGAUGUUUGGUCAUAAUGUUUGGUCGUAUGUAAAACACUUUGAACCUCUGAUGCACCAUACAAUUUCAUUAGCAACUUGUAAUAUUGUCUGACAGCUUUCAAGACUAGCGAUUUAUGUGUACUUAAACAGUUUUCACUUUUGAAAUUACAAGAAGUUUUACAGUUAAGUGAUACUGGGAGAUGACUUUGACGCUGCCAGUUGUCUUUUCUUUGGAAUAAAAAUAAAUAUUCAUUUAUGCAAAUUAUACAACUUGAGUGAUAUCAUUGGUUGCAACACCAUCUUUUUUUCUAAUAGAGACGCAAAAGUUCGGCAAAACUUUGUCUUUCAAAUUUGAUGCAAAGAAUGGAAGUUGUUGAAGAUCUUUGCCGUUUGCGUUUUCAAGGAAAAGCACUAUUAUCAGAUCAGCCAUCCUCGGCAUCUAAUACUGUCCAAAAGAGGGCAUACUUUCCUACUUUUAUUAUCUGAAAUCUGUACUGUUCCUGAUUCAUCUAUGGAAGCUUGAGCCUUGCGAAAGGGAUUUGUUUCUAACCCCACACCGAAUUAUUUUGUAUAAGGUGGGAAUCCUUACGAUAAAUGAGUAGGGUUUUAUAAAAUCGCAAUUAAAUAUAUUUUUCAUAAUUGCAAGAAGUUAACGCUUGCCUGGAAAUAAGAGCAAGCUUAUUACCGAGGAGUGUCCGUAAUUCAUCAGACCAUUAAGAUAAAUUAUUGAAUUGCAAAACAUGUUAUAUUUACAAGCCUUUCUGUGGAAUUACUUAGUCAAUAAACGUAAGGUGCUCUUGGCACUCAUACACAAGCCAAAAAUAGUGAAUAUA